AAGCCUCCAAGGUUGAAAAGUCUCCAACAGAGUACUGUUCACGGCUCCCUUCUCUCUCUCUCUUAAUAGCCUAGCCUUGGGGAUAAUAAAUCAAGCCCUUUCGAGUUUGAUGAAGCUGUGUCAGAGUCCAUCCAUGUCCAUGUGAGAAUGGAGAUUUUUAAAUUUUACUUGGUUUGCUCCCUACUGUUGUCUCUGUUGCUGCGGAAACCCCAUCUCUCAGUACAAGGCCAACAAAUUUACGUGAACAACAAGCAGCUCGACUGCUACAUCGACCGCAACUUCACGGAUGGGUAUGCCUGCAACGGCGUCCAAACCUCCUGCCAAGCCUACCUCACCUUCAGAUCUAAUCCUCCUUAUAAUUCUCCGGCAACCAUCGGCUUUCUCUUGGGCUCCCAACCCUCCCUUGUUGCCGACGCCAACAACAUGUCCAGCUUCGAUAUCAUUCCCACAGAUACCCAGAUCCUUAUCCCGAUCAAUAAUUGUUCAUGUUCGGGUCCUUACUACCAGUACAACACCUCCUACGAGUUGAGCAGUAAGUCCGACACCUACCUCAUCGUGGCCAACAACACCUACCAGGGCCUCACCACCUGCCAGUCCUUGAUGGCUCAGAACCCUUACGACAGCCGCAAUCUGACGGUGGGGCUCAAUCUGGAGGUGCCCCUCAGGUGUGCUUGCCCGACUCCAAACCAGACAGCGGCGGGGGUCAAGUACUUGCUCACAUAUUUGGUCACCUGGAAAGAUGACAUUUCUAAAAUUGCCCAACUAUUCGGUGUGGACAAGCAGAGCGUACUCGACGCAAACGAGCUGACUGAGGAAAGCAGCAUAUUCCCUUUCACCCCCAUUCUGGUUCCCCUCAAGAGCAAGCCCACUCUAAUUCAGAGAUCAGUUUCUCCGCCUCCACCACCGCCUCCCCCGCCACCCACCACCAUCAACGCUGGCUCCGGGAACAACAAAAGGUGGGUAUUCGUGGGUGUUGCCAUCGGAGCUUCUGCUUUGCUUGUCCUCUCCGCUUUUCUGCUUUGGUUCUUCUGUCGCCCUCGCCGCCACUCUCACAAGAAGGCACCCAAGCCACUCCCAGACCCAGCUUUGUCCCCACCAACCAAGAAGCCCUCACCUUCGCACUCCGAAAAUUCCUGGACUUUUUCUACUCAAGAGGUUCGUUAUGCCGUGGAAUCCUUGACCCUGUACAGGUUUGAUGACUUACAAAAGGCUACUGGGUUCUUCGGGGAGGCCAACAUAAUUAAAGGCUCAGUCUACCGGGGAUCCUUUAAGGGUGAUGAUGCCGCUGUUAAGGUCAUGAAAGGGGACGUCUCCAGCGAGAUCAACUUGUUGAAGCGGAUCAACCACAGCAACAUCAUCAGGCUCUCUGGUUUCUGCGUACACGAGGGGAACACCUACCUCGUUUACGAGUACGCAGAGAAAGGGUCUCUCACCGAUUGGCUUCACGGCAACAAGUAUCCAGACUCUUCCCCUCUGGCAUGGAAGCAGAGAGUUCAGGUUGCCUAUGAUGUGGCCGAUGCCCUCAACUACCUCCACAACUAUACCAACCCUCCCUACAUCCACAAGAACUUGAAGACCAGUAACAUUCUUUUGGAUUCCAACUUCAGAUCCAAGAUUUCCAAUUUCGGGUUGGCAAGAACACUGGAGAAUCAAGACGACGGAUUCCAACUUACCAGACACGUGUUUGGCACUCAGGGUUAUAUGGCCCCAGAGUACAUCGAGAAUGGAGUGAUUACUCCUAAACUAGAUGUGUUCGCGUUUGGGGUUGUCAUGUUGGAGCUCAUAUCCGGAAGAGAAGCCGCUGCUGCUGACAAGCAUGGAGGAGAUCAUGAGUUGCUGUAUGCAUCCAUAAGACGGGUGCUUGAAGGAGACAAUGUGAGAGAGAAACUGCGAGGCUUCGUUGAUCCUUCUCUUAGGCAUGAGUACCCUCUGGAUUUAGCCUUCUCCAUGGCCCAGCUAGCUAAAAGCUGUGUUGCUCAUGAUCUAAACUCUCGUCCAGCAAUGCCAGAAGUUUUCAUGACUCUGUCCAAGAUUCUUUCCUCCUCUUUGGACUGGGAUCCAUCUGACGAGCUUAAACGUUCCAGAUCACUUGGUCAUCCUGAUGGCAGAUAGACGGCAUAACAUAUGAUCUUGCUGUUCGAGAUUGUGAGAUGCACAAUGAACCGAGACAAUCAAGUCUAGUAAUGCCGUAAUGUCCAUUUAUAGUAGCAAUGGGAACCUAUUAUGUAAUAAUGACAAUAUCAGGCUGCACAAAAAUGUUGUUAAAUGAGAUUAUUGUACUUCAAAUUCA